AGUUGUAUAGUAAAGUACGGAAUCUACUAGGGAGUGAGAAAAUCGGCGUUUUGUGAGCUGGUUGCCUCUCGAUGGCACGGACGAAUGAGAAGCUACGGAACAGGAUUUGCCUUUGCCUUCAACACGGACGAUCCGCACUCCGUGUUUGAUUCCACACCUUCCCUCCGCGUCUGAACCAUCGUCCCUCAAGAAACUAAGGGACGAGAUGAUCCACCGAAAAUCAUGGGACAGUAUUCAUCACUCCAUCAAACUAACCCCAUCUCAAUCUUACCUCAAGCUUCCUUCAAACCCCACUCCGCAAACCACCCACCAACGUCCGCAGAAACGUCCCCCAAAGCCCCGUGAGCCCCACCCCUUCCUGACCCAGCUCAAGCAAACCGCCGAUCCAGAUGCAGCCUUACACCUCUUCAACCACCAUGAAAACAUGGGAUUCAGCCACGACUACCCCUCCUACUCCUCCCUCAUCUACAAGCUCGCCCGGGCCCGCCGCUUCGAUGCUGUAGAUCGCCUUCUCGAUCGCAUCAGGGAUGCUGACAUCCGCUGUGGCGAGACCCUGUUCAUCGCUCUCAUCAAGCACUACGGUAAGUCGAAUUCACCCGACGAUGCAGUCGAUCUUUUCCAUAGAAUGCCUACUUUCAAUUGCACUCGCACUCUGCAGUCUUUCAACUCUCUCCUUGACGUUCUCUUCCAGUCCGGCUGCCUUUCAGAUGCUGUUAACUUCUUCCGUCGCUCCUCGGAAUUGGGUUUCCGACCAAAUUCUGUCUCCUUCAAUAUUGUUAUCAAUGGGUAUUGCAAAGCUGGCAUAUUCGAUGAUGCAUGCAAGAUGUUCGAUGAAAUGCUCGAGAGAGGAGUCCAGCCAUCAGUCAUUACUUACAAUAUCUUAAUUGGGUUUCUUUGUAAGAAACAUGAAUUGGAUAAAGCGAUGGAAUUGCUUCAGGAUAUAUUUAGGAAAGGAAAAUAUCCAAAUGCGGUCACAUAUGCAUUGCUGAUGGGUGGUCUGUGUUCAAUGGGGAAGUAUACAGUGGCAAAGAAGAUGAUGUUUGAUAUGGAGUACCGAGGGUGUAAGCCCCGUCCUGUGAAUUUUGGUGUUUUGAUGAGCGAUCGCGGGAAGAGAGGGAAGAUUGAGGAAAUGAGAGAAUUGCUUGCCGAGAUGAAAAGAAGGCGAUAUAAGCCAGAUAUUGUUACAUAUAACAUUUUGAUGAACUACUUGUGUGUGGAAGGCAGAGCUGUGGAGGCUUAUAAGGUCUUGGUUGAAAUGCAGCUUGAAGGGUGCGAGCCAAAUGCAGCUACAUAUAGGAUGAUGGUUGAUGGGUUUUGUCGAGUUGGGGAGUUUGAAAGAGCAUUGAGGGUGUUGAGCGCGAUGCUGGUGAGUGGGCAUUGCCCCCUUACACAAACUUUUAGUAGCUUGGUCGUGGGGUUAUGUGAAGGUGGGAAGGUAAGUGAUGCUUACUUGGUUUUGGAGGAGAUGGUAAAGAGGAAGAUUGGAUUGGAUUUGGCAGGUUGGGGUGGUUUGGUUAGGGCUGUUUGUGAUGGAGAUGGAGGUUGUGUUGGCCUUGUAGGUGAAUUGGCGAUCAUGGAUAGCGAAUGAGCGAAGAUUGAAGGAUUUAGACCAUCGAUCUAACAAAAUCCUCCGUUCAGUUCUCGAACUCUGCAAUAGUCUCCAUAUCACAUUAGAAGAGAUCAAGGGAACCAACCCUGGAAUGAUUUGAAUCCCAACAUGAUUUGUGUGAAUCCCCAUCAAGCCAAAGUCAGAAACAAGUACUUCAAGGAAAAUUGUUGCCUGAUUAUGCAUAAAUAUUGGGGUAUGUUUCUAUGUGCUCUCCAAGCGGCCCAUGUCAGGUAAUAAUGUCAUAAGAAUGAACUUGUGCAUGACAAUUCGCUGAUGUGGAUGGACAACUUCAUAUGGAUGAAAUCCACCGGAUCCAUUAGGUCGGGUGUGCCAUCCCAUGUUUGGCCUUGAUCCUGAACUGAUCCUAAACUCAGGUGAGCUUCACAACAAGACACUGCAAAAUCUUCUGAAAACCUCUAAAUUCAUGCGGUGUGGUCCACUUGAGUGUCAUAAUAACAUGAUUUUUGGAGAGUACCUUAGUCGUGGUUAGAAGUGUCAUAUGAAUGGAUUGGAUGGCAUAUAAUAACCACAGUGAGUUGAUGAGCCCAUACACAACUAAAGGUGGGUGGACUAUCCCUACUUUUCCUCAUGGUUUGCCUAUUCGAGUUUUGAACCAAUCCAGUUUCAUGUUUCUAUGGUGAUCAUGAGGAAGUGCAUCUGAUGGACAACGUGGAUUCCAUUCCCAUGCACAUUCUGCUCAUGUGAUGCUUAAUUACUUGCAGUAAUACCCCUGCAUGACUUCGCUUAGUCAAGCUGGCGUAGUUCAUAGUUGAAAGGACUGCCAAAAUAGACCUCUUACAAGGCAAAAAAAGGAAAAAAAUAAAUAAAAAAAAUUGCAAGUGUCAUGUCAAACACUUUCCACGAGCAAUGCCUCUUGGAACAUAUUAAAAUAAAAUAAAACUGAAGGAUACAUGUUGUAUGUACUACAUUCUAUUUU